AUGCCGAUUACUAUUGAUUUUGGAGAUGGCUCAACCCAAUCACCUGAUUCGAAUGAUGAGGAAAGAACGAAAAAAGGCAAAUACAAAAAGGUAUCUUAUGCCAAACCUAGAUAUGAAUUUGUUUGUCGCAAAAUUAAUAAAGUAAAUCAUAAAAAGAAACUUGGACGACCUAGACUUCGUAAAAGGAAAUGUGUGCAUAUGGAUUAUAAUGAAGAAACAGACAAUGAUAGUGGCGAAGAUGAGGUAGAAGAGGAACAAGAUGAUGAUGAACAAGAUGAGGCAGAAGAUAAUGUCCAAGAAGAUGAGGUAGAAGAAAAUAUUGAAGAAGAUGAGGUAGAGGUGAAUGUUGAUAAUGAACAAACAGAUAAUGAAGUAGAGGAUCUUGGAGAAAAUGAUUUGGAAGAGGAUAGUAAUUGGGAAGAAGAAGAGGAAGCACAAAUUGUUGACGAAGCAGAAGAAAGCACUGAAUUAGAAAGUUCAGAUGCAAUUGAAGAAGAUGAGGGAUGUAUCAAUGAAGAAGAGGAAGUAGAGUUAAAUGUCGAUUUACAAGAUGAUGAGGACGAGGGAUCACAUUAUGUUAAGAAGGAUUUGAAUGCAAACAAAAGGAAGGGUAGGAAAAAAUUUCAGGAGAAACGGCUUUAUAUAAGGGCCUCCAAGAAAAAUUUUUACUCAAUUAUGAACAAUUUAUCUAGUAAACAGAAAGCCGACAUAAAGCAAUUAGGGUUUGGUUCGUUGAUUAAGUUCUCCAUAAUGAAUGUCCCAACAAGAUUAGCAUAUUACGUGCUAGAGAAGUUUUCAGCAAAAGAUUCAAUUUUGGAAGUUAAUGGAAAUCUUGUUUUAGUUAACAAAGAAAGGGUGCAUGAUGUCUUUGGUAUACCUAUUGGUGGUAAGAAGAUACCUUACUGUCCUCAGGUAGAUUUUUCAGAAAAAAUUGUCAAAAACCGGAGGAAACAGUGUCAUACAGGGAGAUUCACAUUGAAGGAUUUAAUGAGAGAAAUGGAGGACCAAAAGACUGGUGGUAUGCUAUUCAAGCAAAAAUUUUUGGUUUUUUUUGUGACAACCAUGGUUGAAGGAAUUAAGUGCAACACAGUGAACCAGAAGUUUCUACCAUACAUUACAAAAAUAAAUGAAGCUCGUGGUUUUGACUGGUGUGAUUUUUUGUUAAUUUGUUUGAAAGAGACUAAGAGAGGAUGGCUAAAAUCAAAAGAAUCAGUUGACGAAAAGGCUGAAUUCAAUGGGCCUAUAAUGUUUCUUCUUAUUCUUUAUGCCCAUGAAGCUCGAAAGCCUGAAAAUUUUCAAUUUCCUCUUUUCAAAAACUGGGAUUUGGAAUCCUUGAAGGAAAUUGAAAAAGAAAUUUCCAGAAAUGGAGAGUUUGAAAAGGUUACUGAAGAAAUCAAAAUGGUACCAGUACCACAUGAAGUUAAGAGGAAAAGGGCAUCCGAGAGGCUAUUGGAACGCAAAAAGAUGAUUCUGGAACAAAAAAAGGGUCUUGAGGAUUUUGUCGAUGAACAAGAUGAUACCCGAAAGAAAUCUGAAGGUGUUCAAAAUGAAGCAAGUCAGAAGCAUAGUCAAGGUGAAGAGUUUGAAUUUCAUGGUUGCAAUCCUUUUGUAGAAACUCAAUCCCUUGAAGAUAUGAACUUUUUUAGAGUUGAAACUAAAAUUCAGGUUAUUAGAAGAAAAAUUCAAGACCGAAUGCAUAUGAGGGAAACUCUGAACAAAGAGCUUGUGAAAUUAUUUCAUAAUGGAUUGAGGAUUCGGCCUUAUGAUGAUGAAAUCCUGCACCUUAAACAAAUUUUUGAAGAAAACAUUACAAUGGAAGAAUUUUAUAAUUUCUUACCUGAAGAUGAAUUUGGUGAGGAAGAAUGUUUUGGUACAAAAAAAGGAUUGAGGGAAACAGUCUUUGAAAAAGGUGAAUGUUCAAAUCCAAGACAAAAAGAUGUUACUGGUCUUGAUGAAAAUUUUGAAGGGGAAAUCGAUAAUAUUGCUAUUCAAAAACAAGAUCAAGUUCAAAAUAAAACUGUUAAAUCAAGUUCAAAAGAAGAUCAAGCAUUGGCAGGAAAAACUAAAAGAAUUGAAGGUGUUCGUGAAUGUUUGAAGCAAAAAAAUCAGAAUCCACUUGAAGACAUUCAACACAAACAAGAAAAACAAGAUAAUAAGCAAGGAUGUCAAUCAAAAGCUGUUGAAUCUACAGUUGACAAGGUGGGAGAUGAACAACAUAGCAUGCGAAAAAAAACUAACAGAAUUGAAGUUGAUCGUGAAUCUUUGAAGGAAAAAUAUCAUAAUUCACCUGAAGCCAUUGAGCAUAAACAAGGAAAUCAAGAUGACAAGCAAGGCAGUCAAUCAAAAGCAGUGGAAUCUAGCUUUCAAAAGGUAGGAGAUGAAGGCCAUGGAAUAGGAGGAAAAAGUACUAGAAAUGAACUUGAUUGUGAUGGUUUGAUGGACAAAAUUCAGAAUGCAACUGAAUCAGACCAACGAAAUCUAGAUAAGAACAAAGUCGACAGAAUUGAAGCUGAUCGUAAAAUAGGAGAAAAAAGUAUUGAAUCUAGCGUUGACAAGGUAGAAGAUGCAGAUCAUAAAAUAGGAGAAAAAAAUCCAGCUGAAGCGAAUCAAGGAAAUCAAGAUAAGAUGAAAGUUGAUCAGCGAAGAAAAAUUGAUCAGAUUUUGAAUAAGUUGAAUUCAAAACGUACCAUAUUGGAAGUUAAUGGUUCUGAAAUAAAAAAGAAGUCAGGUGUGCAUAAAAAGAAAAAGGUUGAUCCUUUUUUACCAAGUUUUGACCUUGGAUUUGACUCACCCGAUAGCGUUGAAGAUGGAGAAAGUCAUGGACAAGGAGACUUAGAUGAAACUCCGAAGGUGAAAGAUCUCAAGUCACUGCCUGACACUGAAAAAGUUUCUCAAAAUAUAUCGCAGAUGCCAUUUUUGAAGGUGUCAAAUUCUGAAUUCUCUGACAAAGGUGAUCCAAUCUUUAAAAUGGAUCAAUUCAAGACUCUGAGAGUUGUUUUUGAGACAAUGAGGCCUGGACAUAUGAUUAUUGCCCAAGUCAUUGAUGUAUGGACUUCGAUUUUGAAUUAUGAAGAAACUAAAAGAGACAUGAAAGGAACUGUUAGACUAUUUUGCCAUACUAAUAUCAUUUCACCAAAUAUGAUACAAUUUGAUUCUUCAGCUGAUAAACAAAUGCAAUAUGAAAUUGUAUUUUCAAACAGGAUUGCUGAUAUUUUGAAACAAUAUGGGUUGAAAAGUUUAAAAAAUGUUGAUUUGGUUUUCUUUCCCAUGGUUUCUCAAGUCUCUUACUAUGUGAUUGUGUUCAAAUUAAAAACGAAAGAGAUUCACUUCCUUGACAGUCGAAUUCAUGAAAGUGAUGAUGUUGAUCUGAUAUAUGGAACCUACCAAAGAAGGCUGAGGGAACUUUUUGAUACAUACAUGGCUAUUGAAGAAGCUGUUGUAACCAACUUUGUACAAUCAAAACCCGUCAUUGUUAGGAUGAAAUGGAGAACAAAGAGAAAUUUUAAUGAUUCUGGGAUUUUUGCAAUGAGACACAUAGAGUAUGUGACAAAGAUGCUUACAUCAGAUUUGAAUGAAUUGCAUAAGAAUGUGACAACUGAGGUUGAAGACUAUUUUAAGAUUCCAGAGUUUAUGAGAAGAAUCCUUGAGAGCAAGUCUUCGGCCGAAAUUGAUGACAGGGUUAAGCAGACUAUGGAAAUUGUCAUUACCCAGUGA